AUGAAAAGGAAGAAGGGGUUUGGUUUCCCACCGCCACCCCUCUCUUCGAGCGGGCGUGGCGAAUGGCAGGUCCCAAGGCCGCAGCUUCCGCCGGCGCCGGUGGCUGGGCUCGCCUCUGCCCUGGGUCGUGGGGUCCUUUUUGGCACCAAGGCCGCAGCAUUCAUGAUGAACGUAAUUCAGAUUGUUCGUGACUACUGGGUACAUAUACUUGUGCCUGUGGGAUUUGUCCUUGGAUGUUAUCUAGACAAAAAGAAUGAUGAAAAGCUAACUGCCUUCCGGAACAAGAGUUUGUUGUUUAAAAGGGAAUUGAGACCCAAUGAAGAAGUCACCUGGAAGUAAAGGCUGUGACUGAAAUACAGAAUGUUCACAUUUUAAAAAUUGGGAGAGAAAUAAAAACACAUUCAUUAUUUAA